AUGAACCCGUACAUGAGCUGGGCGAUCCUGCUCCUCACAGCAGGUGGACUGGGCUACUACUACAAGAAUGGCUCAGCACCAAAGGCCAGGCCUGCGUUCUUAAAGCCAGCAACUGAGAAGCAGGACAGUGGCCCAGCAGGGAACAAGAAGACGAAGCAGCGCAAUAAGACGCGCAAGGCACAGUCGGAGAGCAAUGGCAACUCCAACUCCAGCGAGGGUAGCAACAGCGUCAGCACGCCAGUGGCCGUGGCCGUGGCCGAACCCAAGAAGGAGCAGAAGGAGCAGAAAGUGCAGAGCAUCGCCCAAGCCGAAGAGCCGACCUCCAACAGCAAUGGAGGAAUGGACGAUAACUACGAGUUCGCCAAACAGUUCUCAAAAGUGAAGAACGGCACUCCCCUGGCUGGUAAAUCCAAGGCCGGCACCAGCACAAAAGGAAAGGCCUCCCGUGCCGGGAAGCAAGCCCAGCAGCCAUCCACCAACGGCGACUCCCACGCCAACCAUGUCUCUACCGCCGCCUCCUCUACCACUGGUGCCGACGCUGAUGACGACAUGUCGCCCAUCAACUCACCCGUCGUCAAGCCCGCCGGUGAUGUCUCCGACAUGCUCGAGGAACCGGCCCCGGCAGCAUCCGUCCUUCGCCUGACGGGAUUGCUGGAAGAUGCUCAGAACGGCAAAACGAAGAAACAAAACAACUUCAAGCCCGCAGAGACCAAGAAACAGCGCCAGGCGCGCCGUAAGCGCGAGGAGAAGAACGAGAUGGUCAAGGAGGCCGAGAAGAACAGACGUGCCAUGGUCGAGAACCAGAUGCAUACCGCCAGAGAAUUCGAGAGACAACAGGCCAAGGCGAAGCCAGCUCCAGCACCACUUCCAAACGCAUGGGAAUCAGCUCCAUCUCCCACCCCAGCAGCAACCCUCGCACCGGCCACCAAUGGCAACUCUACCAAGCCAUCUACCAUCCCAUUGCUCGAUACCUUCGAGCCAUCUCAACCCACGCCUAAACCGACAGCCGGCGACAAAAAGUCCUCCACCAAGACCCCAUGGGCCAAGGAUCUCCCAUCCGAAGAAGAGCAGAUGAGAAUGCUCAACACGCUGAGCAGCGAGAACGAAUGGACGACAGUCUCCAAUCGUAAGAAGGAGAAGCGAAGCAAGGCCAAUGCCGAGUCGAUGAGCGAAGCCAGCAGCUCAGAACAACACAGUAAUUUCGCCGAGACUUGA